AAUCAAUUCACAACCGCAACACCCAGUCAAUCCUACAGCAUGAAGUUUACCACAGUCACCGCCGGUCUUUUGACCUUCUCUACUCUCGGUCAAGCAGCCAUCAACUUAACUUGGACACCUGAUGAGGUCGGCCGCAUCCGUAUUGGCGAUGAAAUCAGAGUCUCAUGGGAAACCGAUCGAACUUAUGAUCUCGAGUUCAAAUUCGUAAAAUGGCAAAAAGACGGUUGGAAACCAAUCACGACCUCCUUCCAGAAUCUCAGACAGCCUGCCGGUGAAGGUGGAUAUGUAUUCAAUGUUCCAAAGGUGCCGCACAACAAGUUGUAUGGGUUCUGGCUGGAAGGAUCAGAGAUUGAUAAGAAUGCCGGUCAUGCUAAUUUGACUUCUUGGUUCAUGGUCAAUAAGAAGGGGUAUGGUGAACCUAGGGAUCUUAAAGCAUAGAUGUAGGAUCCUUGUCUCCUCAAACGGCCUUGGGAUUCAGAAAUGUACUGCCAUGAUUAUGCAAACAAGCUGCUCUUCCUUCCUUCCUCAUGCGCUUACCGAUCUUGUAUGGAUUUGGGAUGUCGUUUAGGAGUGAAUGACCCCUCCCCCAAACUCCUACAAACGCGCGUUUCGAUCCCCAACCUCGGCAAUCGCACUCGAUGUAGACGGAUGAAUUGGAAGCGGGCUUCAACCGUCUUUUCAAAAAGGUAGGAGGUAUUGUUUAUUGUCAAGGUUGAACUGCUCCAAUUGGCCAGUCGGUUUACAACC